AAAAACUAAAACAAUAAGACUCCACCUUUACUGACCACCGAAACCCAAACUUCAUCAAACCCUCAAAAUUUUCAGAAGAGGAAAUGGGUGGAAAGGGAAAGAAGAAGAAACCCCGCCCGAAGAUCAAACAAGUAUGGCGAAGAAAAGACUCAUCGGCAGCAUCCACGUCAUCGCCGCCGCCGCCGCCGUGGGCGGACUUGCCGCGGGAUAUAACGGCGAAUAUAUUGCACCGGCUGGGUGCAAUUGAAAUGCUGGAGACUGCCCAGAAAGUGUGUACAACUUGGCGAAAUGUGUGCAAGGAUCCUGCCAUGUGGCGAGAGAUUGACAUGUAUAAUUUGGGGGAUCUUGGUUCUAUGCCUUAUAACUUGGAAACCAUGUGCCGCCACGCUGUUGACCGGAGCCAGGGCCAGUUGGUUGCUAUAAAUAUUGAGUAUUUUGGUACUGAUGAAUUGCUUGAAUAUAUUGCUGAAAGAUCAGGUCAACUCAGACGCCUUAAAAUUGCGUGUUGUUAUGGUAUGUGUUACGAAGGUCUGAUUGAAGCUGUUAAAAGAUUUCCUUUGUUAGAAGAGCUGCACCUUAUCUUUACAGAACUGUCGAGUAUUGAAAUAGUCGGUCGCUCUUGCCCUUUGUUGAAAUCAUUCACAUUGAACCGCACUGGGCGUAGACAUCCACGUGAGUGUGAUGAGGAGGCUUUUGCCAUUGCCAAAACCAUGUCUGGGUUGCGCCAUCUUUCGCUUUUUGGAAAUGAGAUGACAAACGAAGGUCUGCAAGCUAUUCUAGAUGGUUGCCCCCACUUGGAAUCACUAGAUGUUCGGCAGUGUUUUAAUGUUUACCUUAGUGGGGAAUUAGGAAAAAGAUGUGCUCAACAAAUUAAAGUUCUGAAGCGCCCCUAUGACUCCACUGAAGGUUAUGGAUGGGAUUCAACAAUAUAUGAUGAUGACUCAUUUGAUGGCUACCCAUCUGGAUUUUCCGAUCUUGAUUUUUUCUCUGAUGAUGAUGAAUUUUAUCUUGAUUAUGAUGACUAUACUCGUUGGGAUCCCGAGGACUCUGACCUUGAAGAGUUGUUUGGAUUCUACUAAUGGAUGGUUCUUGUCAGCUGGGGCCUGUCAGUCUGCGAUGCCACCCCAUCUACUGAAGCUCUUAGGAAGAAGGUUUCAAAAGGCUGCCUUCUUUUGUACCUUCCUUGGCUUCUCGUUGACUCUGUUGAUAAGCUGUUCGUUUGACUUUUAUUGAGAAGGGGUGCUUUUAUGUAAAUAGCUGUAUUGUGUUGCAUUUUUUUUUUUGGGCGGAUUUGGGCCAUGCAUUGGAACUGCUUUAAGUUGGAAUCUCACACCUUCCCCAUUUUCGUCAAUCCCUUCAACUCCCAAAUUGUUAAAAA